GAAACAGCAUGAUUUGAAUUGUGCAACAUUAUACAUUACUGGAUACAAAAACAUGCAUUUGCUCUAGAGAAUAUCUCAAUUCCUAAGUGUGAAGACGAUGUAAAACUACAGUCUACUGAUGUUGAAACAACAGGAUAUGGAGUAUUACAGCAUGUAAGAAGACUCAAAAUGUGUAAAAUACAUGUUUUAACAUCUUGCAACAGGAAAACCAUUUCUGCUUGGCUUCUUUUCUUAAUGGAGCUUUUUUUAGUAUUGCCUUGCAUCUUCAGUACUGAGAUUUUCAAGCCUGCCGCUCUGCAAGAUCAACAUUUGAACCACGUAAGAAUUAAAAGAGGUUGGAUGUGGAAACAGAUAUUUGUUCUGGAGGAACAGGAAAUCACAGAACCUUUAUACGUUGGACAGCUGAGAUCAGACCUGGACAACCAUGACGGCUCAUUUAAGUACAUUUUAUCAGGAGAUGGAGCAAAAACUGUUUUUACCAUAGAUGAAAAUACAGGCGCAAUCUAUGUUCUAAAAAAACUUGAUCGAGAAGAAAAGCCUUCUUAUACCCUAAGGGCCCAGGUCAUAAACAGUUUGACUGGCGUUCCUGUUGAAGCAGAAUCUGAAUUUAUUAUUAAAAUCCAGGAUAUAAAUGACAAUGAACCAAAAUUCAUCAAUGAACCUUAUGUUGCUGUUGUGCCUGAGAUGUCUCCUGAAGGAACAUUUGUCAUGCAAGUGACUGCUACAGAUAUGGAUGACCCAAGUUAUGGAAAUAGCGCUAGACUGAUAUACAGCAUUCUACAGGGACAACCACACUUUUCUAUUGAACCAAAGUCAGGUAUAAUUCGCGUGGCUUCUAAAAUGGACAGAGAAACUAAAGAUAAAUAUUUUGUCAUUAUUCAAGCCAAAGAUAUGGUUGGUAAUGUAGGUGGAUUAUCAACCACAACAACAGUGACAAUCACCUUGUCAGAUGUCAAUGACAAUGGGCCAAAAUUUAAGGAAAAAAUAUAUGACAUGUCAAUAUUAGAAUCAGCUUUGGUUGGAGAGAUUGUAGGAACAGUUAUAGCUGAUGACCGUGAUAUUGGAGAGAAUGCAGAAAUUAUUUAUAUUAUUGAAGAAAAAGGGGACUUCAAUAUGUUUGAUAUAAACACAGACCCAAUAACACAAGAAGGCAUUAUUACAUUAAACAAGCUUGUAGAUUAUGAAAGUAAAAGAAGGUACAACAUCCGAGUCAAAGCAAUAAACAGAUAUUUUGACGAGAGAUUUAUAAAGCAAGACCUAUUUGAAGACACUACAGCAAUAAGGAUUCAUAUUCAAGAUGUUGAUGAGCCUCCAGUUUUUGUCCAGAAUGCAUAUUAUAUGGAAAUCUAUGAAAAUGCAUCUAUUGGUUCACAUGUUAAUUCAGUUACUGCAAAAGAUCCUGAUAUAACCAACAGCCCAAUCAGGUAUAGCAUUAUACACAAUCAAUUUUCCAAAUUAUUCGGCAUUGAUGCACACAAUGGAUCUAUCAUCACUCUUAAACCUCUAGACAGAGAGGUUGCUCCUUGGCAUAAUAUAACAGUAACUGCCACAGAGUCACAAAAUCCUAUUCAUGUAUCCAAAGUACCAGUAUACAUUCAAGUCAUGGAUGUUAAUGAUCAUGCUCCCCAAUUUUCAAAGAAAUAUGACACAUUUGUAUGUGAACUUUCACGACCAGGACAGCCGAUACAGACCAUCAGUGCAGUAGAUCAAGAUGACCCAGCACUUGGCCAUUAUUUCUCCUAUUCUUUAGCUCACAAAACAACAAAUUUUACAGUCAGAGACAACGGAGAUAACACUGCUACCAUUUUUACUACAAAGUCUAUGUAUAGUUAUGAAGACAAUCCGUUAACUUACUUGGUGAUAGUAAUAAGUGACAACGAGACACCUUCGCUCAGCAGCACUAACACACUGACUAUCAGAGUUUGUGACUGUGGGAAGGAUGGCAAUGCCGAGUCCUGUAAAGCACAAGGAUUCUUAUCCUCUCUGGGAAUCAACGGUGGAGCAUUCAUUGCCAUUUCAGUUGGUGUACUUUUGAUUUUAGUUUUAUCUAUCCUAAUGUUCUUAAAGCAUAGGAAAAAACAUGAAAAAUUAAAAGAGAAAGGAGAAGAAUGUAGACAGAACUUUGUCAAGUAUGAUGAUGAAGGAGGAGGAGAACAAGACACAGAAGCUUUCGAUAUUAUAGGACUAAGAAAUCAAACAGUUAUGAGAGAACCUAAGCUUAACAAAAAGAUCAGAAGAGAUAUCCCAAGCCUUUAUAGGAUGUCUUUGAGGCUUGGUCCUGAUGUUGUUGAAUUUAGAGAAUUCCUUUCCGAGAAAUUAGAAGAGGCUAAUACAGACCUAAGUGUUUUGUCACCUGACACUAUGCACCAUUAUGCAUUUGAAGGCACGGGCUCCAUGUGUGGGUCACUUAGCUCGAUAGGAUCAACUUGCUCACAUAUGGAACUAAAUAUUUAAACAGCAGUUACAAACAUUAACUG